UGUUCAGUGUUUUAUCUCAGAACUUGAAGGUUCCUCCAGAGCCAGCUGCAAAGUUCCCAGAGCACUAGAAUUCCCACAGCACACAGAGUAUGCCCUGAAUCCACACCACAAAGCACAGAAGCCCAGAGCUAAGGCAGGGAGAAGACCAUGGAAGCCACCCAAUUCAGAUGUCCAUUUCUCUUACUUCUUCUAACCUGUGGACUGGCCCCAGAAGUUGCUGCAGAGGUUGAAGAACCCUCAGAUGGUCCCAGAGCUGCCCAGGAACCGGUGUGGCUCACAGAUGUCCCGACUGCUGUGGAAUUCAUCGCUGCUGCUGAGGUGGCCCUCAUAGGCUUCUUCCAGGAUUUAGAAAUGCCAAUAGUGCCCGUAUUCCACAGCAUGGUGCAGCAAUUCCCAGAUGUGUCCUUUGGAAUCAGCAAUGAUUCUGAGGUUCUGAUCCACUACAACAUCUCUCAGAACACCAUUGCCCUCUUUCGCCUGGUGGAUAACGAACAACUGAAGUUAGAAGGCGAAGAGAUUGAAAGCAUGGACGCCACCAAAUUAAGCCGCUUCAUUAUGAUCCACAGCCUCCACUUGGUGACAGAGUACAACCCCAUGACUGUGUAUGGCCUAUUUAAUGCCAUGGUUGAGAUUCAUCUUCUCCUGAUGAUGAACAAGGCUUCCCCAGAGUAUGAAGAGAGCAUCCGUCUUUACCGGGAGGCAGCCAGGCUCUUCCGGGGAAAGGUUCUCUUUGUUCUGGUGGACAGCGGGGUAAAGGAAAACGGAAAGGUGAUAUCGUAUUUCAAACUAAAGACAUCUCAGCUGCCGGCUUUGGCUAUUUACCGCACUCUGGAUGACAAGUGGGCGGCUCUGCCCAUGGCGGAAGUCACUGUAGAGCAGGUGCAAAACUUUUGUGAUGGGUUCCUGAAAGGCAAACUGUUGGAAGAAAAUGAAAAAUCAGAAGAAACAAUUUCUAAGGAGGAACUCUGACUUCUUCCUGAUAUUUCCGCAUUUUACUGCAUAUCUGCUUUAUGUUGAAUAAAAAAGGGAAGAUUGAAGCCUCGGAGAUACUAAAGAAGAGGAUCACCAGGCCAACGUGGGGGGGGGCGCUUUUGGUUUUGUUUUGCAAUUUCCUAUACUCUCUCACUACCACUUAACUUCCUGUUGUGCAUUCAGGCUGUGUAGUCUUCCGGUCUUGGAUGUAGACUUUGAAAAUACUAUGACGCCUCUAUGAAGGGGAGGCAUUCCUAGAGAGACAUCGUUCUGAUGUGUCCUUAAUUAUGAAUUUGUGCUGCGCAUGUGGUUUAUACAAGGUAGCUUGUGCUCAUUUGGGGUUAUCUCAGGACUGAAACUCUACCGUUCUUCAUAAGCACAGGUCCCUCUCUGACUCAGGGUCAAGAACAAAAAGGCGGCUUUAAACAUCUUUCUGAAAUUGUUUCUCUUGCCAGAAGUGAAAUGAUGUCUCCAAGUUUCUU